CGAAAUAAUGCACGGCCCCGGAGCACAGCACACCACAACACGGCGGCGCCACACUAAAAAUCCACCACUCCUAACAGCUGCAGCCGCAGCUGCAGCCGCGCCACACUAGAAGCAAAGCAAACCCUCCAGGCUCCAGCUAGCUGCUAGCCAGUGACAGUGAGUACUCGCGCCGUCGGUCUCGCAGCUAGCUAGAUAGCGAAGCGGAGGCGGCCUUGAUCGGAUCGGGGCUGCGUAUGGCCGGCGCCGCUGGAGACAGGCCGGAAGGGGCCGGCAGCGGCGACUGGCCGUUCCCUGGCGCCGACGCCUUUACGGAGUACUCGUCCGUUUUCGCUGAGCUCGGCUGGCCGGGCGGCCUGGGAGCGGGCGCCGGGGAGCUGCCGGUGCUGGAUCUGCCCGAGGCGGCGGCACCGCGGGCAGUGGUGGCGCGGCCGGAGGAGAUCGUAGAGCCCGAUGGGUCAGGGGACGCCGGCGCGUCGUCGAGCUCGAGCGGCGAUGGCGCCAAGCGGGGGAGCGCCGAUCGGAAGCCGGCCGCCGAGGCAGCGAGCAUGAAGCCGGCAGCGGCGAAGAAGAAGGGGCAGAAGCGGGCGCGGCAGCCGCGGUUCGCGUUCAUGACCAAGAGCGAGAUCGACCACCUUGAGGACGGCUACAGAUGGAGGAAGUACGGCCAGAAAGCUGUCAAGAACAGCCCUUUUCCAAGGAGCUACUACAGAUGCACCAACAGCAAAUGCACUGUGAAGAAGCGCGUAGAGCGGUCUUCAGAAGACCCCUCCGUGGUGAUCACUACCUACGAGGGCCAGCAUUGCCACCACACCGCCUCGUUCCAGCGCGGCGGAGGAGGCGCCGCCACCGCGCACAUCCAUAGCGCAGCGGCCGUCGCACUUGCAGAGCAAAUGCCGUUCAUCGCCCCGGCGCAGCAGCUCUACAGCCUUCCCCUGUUGCACCCACAGAGCUCUCCGUCCUCGGAGACCGUCGUUAGCUCGGUGCCGAUAUCUUUGCAGCAUCUCAACGGGCGCGACGAGCUGCGGCGGACAAGCUCGAGCCCGAGGGUGUCUGUGGCGCGGUCACCGUCGACUCCGUCAUCAGUGCCUCCUGCCAUUUCAGUCGAGAAGGCGGGGCUACUGGACGAUAUGGUGCCUCAUGGAGUAAGACAUGGAUGAUGGCAAUAUAUAUGAUUUUUCUUUCCGGGUAAUGUAUAUCCGAGGUCAUGUGUAUCGGCCGGACUCCGGAGGCACUUGAGGCGGAUGAACCAGGUGCAGCGUUCAGCAAUAAUUAAAGUAUAUAAAAUGACCAGAUAAUGCAUGUGGAUUGUAGAUAGUAUAUAUACUCAGCUUAAUUAUUAAUUUAUUAUAGACAGACUAAUUUAUCAAAAAAUGACCACAUCUGCUAGUGAUCAGUGGCACUUUAUUGAACCGAUCGUUGUAUGUAUCAGUACUUCUCGUGGGAAUUUUUUUUUAUGCCCGAUUAACUUUUAUCUGGCUAUUUGGCGCUUGGCAGGCUUGAUCAACCCCCUCACAUCAUGAUGAUCUUGCAGAACAGUCCCUACCUAAGUUAUGCUAGCUUUUCUAGGUUGGCUGUGUAGAUAGCUGUUGUCUACCUAUGUUUUGUAUAAUCGCAGAUAUCAAUUAACUUUUUGUCUGUGUAGUUAACUGCAUUUGAAUUUAAUUCUACUAUUCGUUCAGACCUUUA